GCUCCAGUCUUCUUCAUUACCUUUGGACGUCCACCUCCAGGCUUCCAGCACAGACUCUGCAGCUUUCCAGUGCAGAACUUUCAACAUCCCGAUACAGACUCACAGGGGAAUCUGCAGCGAGCUCCGACUUUUAACAUUUGACUGGCUCCUCCACUCUUCAGCACACAGAUGGCUGUCUUGCAGGCAGCCAUUGUCAUGCUACUAUGUAACUCCUUUAUGUAUUACACAUGCACACUUAUACACACGUGCACACACACACAUACUACAUACCACACAGUAAUAUGAAGUCUGUUCCUCUAGUGAACCCUAAGUGAUACAGGUUAUUUGGACAGAUGUAAGAUCAUUUGGAAGGCAAAUUCUCCUUUCCAUAGAGAAUUCCAUGGAGAGUGAUUUACCGUUUUGUUUACCAUUGUCAUUCUUAUUGAGACACAUGUUCAGCUUAAUUGUGUAAAACACAUGAUGGCACUGGUUCUGAGCCACCUGCACAGCUCCAAAACAUGCCCAAUGCCCUAGUUCCUGUGAAGGACACCUGCAGGACAGUAGGUGAUACAGCUGCUGAAGAAGUUAAUGAUGGGGAGGGGCAGGAAGGAUCCUGGACUCUGCCCCUUGUUAAAGGAGCCCAGGGUGACAAGCACAGUCCCGAGGCUCCUAGCAGAAGUGUGUAGGGGACCAGAGUGGACCUCAGAGAAGGCCCACUGUGCUGAGUGAGAAGGUCUGUGUCCCAAAGAAAACAGGAGGCAGGUGACAAUCCUCCCAUGACAGUGAGGACCUGUGGACCCAUCCAGACCCUGCUUUCUCCUCCAGGGUUACUUCUGCAAAGAUCACAAAGAUAAAGGUACACAGGCUCAGAGAUGUUAAGUUACAUGCUCCAGGUCACAGAGCUAGAAAGGGAAGAAACUGGUAUUCUAAUCAGGGCUGUUCAAGAGUUGUGCCAUCAGGUCUAGCUGUCACUGUGGACACUGAUAUUUUAGACACUGAAGUGUCCCUAUGGCUCCUUAUCACAUCCGGAAGUACCAGGAGAGAGACCAAAAAACUGUCGUGGACUUGUUCUACAAGGGCAUGGUGGAGCACAUCCCCGCCACCUUCCGCCAUACACUGAUGCUGCCCCAAAUCCUCGUGUUCUUAAUUGGGGUGCCAUUCUCCAUUCUCCUGGUCUCUGGGUCCUGGCUGCUGGCUUUCUUGUCAGACUUCACCCUCCUUGUUUUGUUACGGCUCUUUGUUGGAUACCCCUGGAAGCAGUAUGUGGUCACCUGUUUGCGCACUGACCUGGCUGACAUCACCAAAUCCUAUCUGAGUGCAUCUGACUCUUGUUUCUGGGUUGCCGAGUCUGGGGGGCAGGUGGUGGGCACUGUGGGUGCUCUGCCAGUGGAGAAUCCACCACCGGGGAAGAAGCAAUUGCAGCUGUUUCACCUCUCCGUGGCAAUGGAGCACCGAAGGGAGGGGAUAGCAAAAGCCCUGGUCAGGACUGUCCUCCAGUUUGCCCGGGACCAGGGCUAUGGUGAAGUUGUGCUUGACACCAGCAUAGUGCAGCAGAGUGCCAUUGCCCUCUACUUACGCAUGGGCUUCCAGGAGACAGGCCAGUUUUUCUUUAGCUUUGUCAUGAGGCUUGUGGGUAUUCCUACAUUUCAUUUAACAUACCACCUCCCAAGCGCUGGGCAUGGUGGGCAUCUGUCAUCUCUGCAUGUGGCAGAGGGUGGGUUGCAAGGCAUUCAAGGCCAGCCUGUAAAGCCAGCUGGGAUCUGAUGGAUUUAACUGUACUAACAUGCAAAUCCUUCAUUUAAGCAGAUAAACAAGAAUCUCAUCCCUGAGCACAUCUGAAUCUAACCUUUUUGAAAGUGAAAUGGAUGGUUCUGCUCCAUUGUGUGUUUCUGGGUUGUUUGUGUUUCCUUGUGUAACAGCGCACUAAUGUUGCAUUAAAACAAUCUGUGAAAUGCUAAUUUCACUUAUGAGCCUGUAGAGCUGUCAGUGUCUGCUGGGCUGAGCUGAGCAUCUCUGCUUCUCGGGACCUGUGCAAAUAUCCUGGGUUAGCUGAACUACCAGGGCCACUGUGCUUCCUCUUGGUCACACAGGACAGCUCAGGCAGGGUCCAGGGCAUUGUAAUGGAGCCGAAGCAUAAGCAGAAAGGAUUAAAGACUUUUCCAGG